GAGAGAGAGGCGGAGAGAGAGAGAGAGAGGGGUCUGCCCGCCCACACGAGCGGCUCCUUUGUUUCACCUCUCGGGCAUGCAUUCCCCAAUGCCCACAGACCCACAGCAAUCAGUCUCAAAGUGAGAGUGAAUGAGAGACGUUGUUCUCUGAUCCAAAGCUGUUUCUUUUUGUCCCCUGCUCUCGUUUUCCGGUGAGCCGUUUUGUUUUGCUCUCCUCCCUUCUUCCGCUUCCGAAUGGUCUGUUUUCUUUAAAGUUGAUCUCCGAUAGCAAAAAACCCUCGAAGAAAAAUCCUUCCUUUGUUCGUCUAAACGGCAUGGUUUGAGGUGUCUCGGAUCAAAGGUGCCUCCUUUUUUGUCCAAAUCUCAUCUUUCUGCGUCCUUGAUGAGGUUUUGAGCCUUACCAAGGUUUCUUCGGUGAAUCUUCGUCUGUUUUUGUUAAAUAGAAUCAAAACCCCUGUUCUUUUCGUUUGUUUGAUCGAUUUCGAGGAAAAAUGGGCUCCCUGAAUCCGAAAUCCGCGGCGGGGAUGGGCUUUUUCCCUCCGCCGCCGCCUCCUUCAUCUGGUCCAUUUCUUGGCGCGUCGAAUACCCAUUCGGCCGAGAGGGAGUGCCGGCCUGGUGAUAUGGGCUUUCCAUCGGAAAAGAAGCAAGGUGAGGUCUUUCAGGGUUUCAAGGGGGGACAGGGGUCUCCUGGAGAUGAGAAGAGUGAUGGAGACGAAGGAGAAGAAGGUGAGAACUCCGGUGGAAGGAGAUGCAACGAGGGUGGGCGCACAAAGAUCUCUGUCAGAUGCCAUUGGAGGCCAUCGGAGGAUGCCCGGCUUAGGGAGCUCGUCGCCGAAUAUGGCCCCCAUAACUGGAACCUCAUCGCCGAGAAGCUCGAGGGGAGAUCAGGGAAGAGUUGCAGGCUGAGAUGGUUCAACCAAUUGGACCCAAGGAUCAACAAGACAGCCUUCAGUGAGGAGGAAGAAGAGAGGCUUUUGGCUGCCCAUAAGUUCUAUGGGAACAAAUGGGCUCACAUUGCCAGGUUUUUCCCUGGGAGGACUGAUAAUUCUGUGAAGAACCAUUGGCAUGUGAUGAUGGCAAGGAGAAGGAAGGAGAUGUGCCUUGGGUAUAGGAGGAUGAAGCCCUCUGCCACCUUCCUCAACCCAAGUGUUCCAAUUCUCCCCAGGAUGGUGGAGGUGGGCAGUGGCAACAACAAUGCACACAGUGGGGAGUCCACCAUCACCACCAACAGAGAUGAGUCUGCCUCCAGUGCUCCUGGUUUGUCCCUGACAUCCAACAACAACAUGGUUAUUCCUGGUUUUGUUGACAGAUUUGGUCCCUCAGAGCUGCCGCAGCACUUUCGGUUCCUCAUGGGCUCACAUGAAAAGCCAGUGGCUGCAACAAAUGUGUGUCGUGAGAAGUUUGGCACUCCUGCUAGCUGCUUCUAUAACAGUGCACCCAUGUUGAUGGCCAUGGGUGUUCAUCAGGCUGGCCAUUCUGAAGCAACUUGUAGGGCUUCAACAACUGAAUCAGAGGCUAACCUGAGGAACAAUGCCAUUAUACAUGCUGAAAGAGAGAAUGAUGGAGAGAAGAUGACCUUGCCCCUCAUUGAUUUCCUGGGAGUAGGAGCAACAUAGAACCUUUUAUCUGGGAAAGGAAAAGGGUUUAAAGUUCAUCAACAGAAACUUUGUGUAAUGGGGUCAUAGGCCAUGUACAGAAAAUCCAAAAAAGAAAAGUGAGGGGAAAAGAGAAAAAUGGAAGAAAGGAGGAGGAGGUAGAAAAGAAGAAAGUGGAAGGAUAAGGGUUUUCCUUUUUCUUUUGUUUUUACCUUUUUAAAAUAGUAGCAGAGUUUUGGGGCAAGAAAACAUGAAGCCUCUGUUUGGCUAUGCUAUCUGGCUCUCUAGUAGUUAGUACUGUAGACCUGUUUCGAUCUGUUCCAGAUCACAUGUCUGUCAUCUAUAGACUUAACCUAUUGCAUGGAGAACUUUUUGAUUUGCCUUGAGUCAAAGAGAUUGGAGUGAUGGUUUUUAUUGGUUAA